UCCCAGAAUUAGAAAUAACACAAGCCUGACACCCAACUACAUCAGGCAUCAGAGUAGCCCAUUUUCUUUUCCUCUCUCUGUCUUGCCUCUUUCAAGCUUUUCUCCUUCCCCUUUCCCUUCUCUAAACCCUACAAAGCAACAAGUGUUUCUCCUCCAGAGUUUGAAAUCUGUUGCUGCCUGAAAACCAAUCUCAAACAUGGCCUAUUUCCUGAAGCAUCUCACUGAGGAGACAAUCGCACUCAAGAGACUGCUGAUUCCGCCAGAGUUUGUUGGUAAAUGUGGGAGGGUGAAUCUGACCAAUCCAGUGUUUCUGGAACCAACUGUUGGAGAGGCACUUGAGGUGGAGCUCUACGAGGAUGCAACCGGGUUUUGGCUGAGGAAUGGAUGGCAGGAGUUGGUAGCUCAGUACUCUCUGAGUCAUGGCCACUAUCUUGUGUUUGAGUACAGGAGCUUCUCCAGGUUCAAGCUUGUGAUGCUUGGUGCAAAUGGGCUGGAAUUGGAGUUUCCAGCUUCCGGUUCUGUCAACGUUGGACCAAAUGGGAACCAGGUGGUUCCGGAGGCUGUGGAGGAAGAAAUGGCUGUCAAUACAGACUCUGUGGAGUUGUUAGGUUACUUGUCACAAGAAAUGUCCCUCACUCCCUUGUUGUUUUGAAUCUCUUGGGUUUUACUGGUUAUCACGGUUUUGAUUGUUGUUGAGUUUUGCAGGCACAUCUCUGGUCAAGGACAUGAAUAACAACAACAACAACAAUGGAGGUGGUGGAAGACAGCAGACACAGCUGGGGUCUUGUGAGAAUGCCAAGAUUAAUGCCAGGAAGAGAAAAAUAAGAAUAGGAAUAAGAGCACCAUACUACCGAAGAAUAAAGAGAAAAGAGAAGAGGAAGGUGGAUCAGGAAGCUCCAAAGGCACAUCGAGUUAAUGGAAGCCCCUUUGGAAGGGAUAAAGCCGAGACUUCUCGCAUUCCAGCCAUGGCUGAACAAGAAGCUUCUAAGAUACCUUCGGGCUCAAGGCGUGAUAGACCCACACCUAAGUCUGUAGAUGGGUUGUUUAAUUCACAACCUGAUUUUCUCCAAGUCGUUGUCAAGAAAAGUUCCUUGGAUAAAAGUGGCUUGCGGAUGCCGGGAGGUAUGGUUGAGAGGCAUAUCACCGAUUGGAAUGGCAAAAUGGUGGAGCUUCAAGUUGAAGAAGAAACAUGGCCCGUGAAAAUUUCUACCGACAAGGGUGUUCCUAUUCUUCUUAAAGGCUGGUGGGCAUUUGCUCGUCAUCACUCUCUGAAAGCAGGGGACACACUCAUAUUUGUGCCCACUAACACAGACGAUUUGCUCAGAGUGCAUAUUCUGCGUUGUUCUCCUAUGACGGCUGCUUGUUAGUUUGGAAGUUCCAACACUUGCUAGUGUAGUAUUUGAGAAUGAUAACUCUGGUAGUUUGUUUAAGGAUUUUGAUCAUGCUGUUGUUCCUUCGCCGAAUGUUUGAUGCUCAAGUAAUGAUUUUUGUUACUGAUGUUAAGGAUUGUUCAUGAUUUGUACUACUAAGUUAAACGGGCGGGGAGUGAUUCUAACAAAGUAUAAUGUUUACUAAA